CUGUCUGAUGUCUGACUUACAUUAUAAUUACGUCCAUGAGGUUUUUGUGAAAUUUGGAUUAACUUAUUGACAGUUAGGCUGUCUGAUUAUUAGCGAGUAGCUCAAAUUACAAAUAGUUUGAGCUGCAUACAUUGUUGUGUGCUGGGUUAUUUGACCAGUUAAAGAAUUACUUGUGUGUUAAUAAUAUGCAACCAUUACUCAGGAGUGUAUGCAGUUAACAUGGAUCCCCUCUCAGUUCACAAUGCUGUUUAAAUUUCAGCUACUUCCACAACAAGCACACCUUCAGUGAAGCUCCUCCCACAACAGUAUCGCCUUCAGUGAAGCUCCUCCCACUGCAGUUUAUCAAUAAAUGCUGGAAUAUUCCCAUCAGUCUACAAGUGAAGACGAGCAUCAAAUCAUCAGGAAGAAGUGAAAUCUGCAGAGACAGAGUUUAUUGAAGAACAGAGAGAACAUGAGAGAUCCAGAACCCUGCAGAAUGAAACACACUGAAGACGAAACAGAGUUUAUUGAAGAAAACGAGGAGCAUGAAGAACAGAAUAAAGAGGAGGAUAAAAAUGUCAAAACUGGAGAAAACUCUUUGAGUCGCUCUCAAACCAAACAGAAAGAUUUAAAGAAGAGAAGAGACAAGAAAUCUUUCACCUGCACUCAGUGUGGAAAGAGUUUGAGAAGCAAACAUGGUCUUGAGAUGCACACGAGGAUCCACACUGGAGAGAAACCAUACAGAUGUGAUCAGUGCGGGAAGAGUUUCACACAAUCAUCAUACCUAAAGAUACACAUGAACAUCCACACUGGAGAGAAACCGUAUGAAUGUGAUCAGUGUGGCAAAACAUUUUUGAGGGCUUCAUACCUGAAGGAUCACCUGAAAGUUCAUUCAAAGGAGAAACCACAUUCAUGUUCUUUGUGUGGAAAGAGUUUUUCACAUCUGAAGGUUUUAAAAUUCCAUCAGAAGAUACACAGUGAUGUGAGAGAAUAUAUGUGUUUUGAGUGUGAGAAGACUUUUAUUACAUCUGAACAUUUGAGACUGCACCAGAGGAUCCACACUGGAGAGAAACCUUACAAGUGUUCACACUGUGACAAGAGAUUCAGUCAGUUAGGACAUCUGAAAAGACAUGAGAGGAUCCACACUGGAGAGAAACCUUACAAGUGUUCACACUGUGACAAGAGAUUCAGUCGGUUAGGAGACCUGAAAGUACAUGAGAGGAUCCACACUGGAGAGAAACCUUACAAGUGUUCACACUGUGACAAGAGAUUUAGUCGAUCAGGAUCCCUGAAAAUACAUGAGAGGAUCCACACUGGAGAGAAACCUUACAAGUGUUCACACUGUGACAAGAGAUUCAGUCAGACAGCAUCUCUGAAAUUACACGAGAGGAUCCACACUGGAGAGAAACCUUACAAGUGUUCACACUGUGACAAGAGAUGCAGUCAGUUAGGAUCCCUGAAAAUACAUGAGAGGAUCCACACUGGAGAGAAACCUUACAAGUGUUCACACUGUGACAAGAGAUUCAGUCAUUUAGGAGACCUGAAAACACAUGAGAGGAUCCACACUGGAGAGAAACCUUACAAGUGUUCACACUGUGACAAGAGAUUCAGUCAGGUAGCAACUCUGGAAACACAUGAGAGGAUCCACACUGGAGAGAAACCGUAUCACUGCACUGUAUGUGGGAAGAGUUUCCGUUAUUCAUCUUCUCUACUUAAGCAUAACAAAGAACAUUCACCGUCAGUAGUAGGGGAUACACAGACUUAUCGACUACUCGAUAUCAAUGCUCUGCCAUGACGCUUUAAGCUUGAUGUUGAUUAGUCGCUGGUCCUAUAGAUGGCACAACAGGAUAAUAAACCUUUGAAGGACUUCCACAUUUAUGCUCCUUUUCCAAACAGUUAAAAUGUCAAAUAAAUGUAUGCUCUGAAAGCUCCACAAGACAUGUAUGAUUAUAAUACUGGAUGCUUGAAAUUGAACGGGAGAAUGCACAUUUUAAACAGCUUAUUGUACAGGUAAAUUAAUCACUGUUCUAAUCUAAUGCGCUGCUGCACUGUAACACACACACACACACACACAUAGACUACAGACAGUAGCUCGUACAUCACACAUGCACAGAAUCAUUCAGUGAGGAAAUGUACUGUCAUCUCUGUUCUGUUGUUUCUCAAUAAAAUAGCUUAGAAACUGAAAAUUGAAAUCAUAUAUUUCUUAAUAACUAAAGCCCACAGCGUCACUACUAAUACAGAGACACUGCCAUGUAUACGGUGACAAUAUAAGCCAUUUUCCCAGGACGUGUCCUUGCUAGGAUUGUUAUAUUGUCUAAAAUAUCCAGAUUUUGGCUGUUUGUGCUGUGCAGAUCGAUCAUUGUACGGCAUUCAUAAGAGCU